UUUUCCAGAUCUGUUAUUGAUUUUUUUAUUGACCUUGAGCUGUUCACCUCUCUGUGCCUCAAUUUACCUCUCUAAUGUAUCUGAUCAGGAUAUUGGGAAUAAUGAAUGCUUGAAAUGGUUUGAAAUCUCCAGAUGAAAAGAUGUUAUGUAUGUAACAAAUGCCAUUAUGUUAUUUAUAUCUUACUCUAUAGUAGCAAUAAUACUUGACAGAAAGCACAUGAAAUUAACAACACAUGUACUUCAUCACUUCAACAUGGUUAUAAAACCACAAAUUGCUUCUCAUCCUCAGCUGCCAUAAAUUUUAUAUCUUAUGUAAUUGCUAAAAUAAGAGCUUAUUAUUCUUUAAAAAGAGGCACAGCGUGGGAAUGUUUUUAUCAGUAAUUUCUAUAUAAAAUAUUCAUUUAAUUACACCCAUUUUUUCUGCAUUAUUACAUAAUACUGCCAGUUACUUAAAAUCAUUUUGGAGAAUUCUGGUGCCAUUUAGUUACAGCUCUUUCUUUAUCACCAUCACUUGGCUCAAGCCAAGUAGAGAUGCCAAUUAAAAUAUGGGUCUGGAGCAGAAGAGCAGUUUGGGUUGGCGAUUAAAAAAAAAAAAAAUUGUGUGUCAGUGCGCAGAAGGUUCUAGAAGUUGUAGAUGUGAAUGAGGGUAAAACAGAAAAGAAGGAUGCCAAAGACAGAACUCUAGGGAGUACCAGUGCAAUUUAAGGUGUGAUCUAAGACAAAAAGCCUGUAAGGAUUCUAAAAUGGGCAAGAAGUUUUAGGUUCUUUGGGUCUUGUUUUAUUUAAUUGUAUUUAGAGUUUCAUCAGUUUUCACUCACAGUGAAGAUCAAACAAGUUUCUCCUUGAGUUCAACUUCAAAUGCACACACACAAAAAAAUCCCAUUCAGAUCUUUAGAAUUUCCUAUUCCAGUCAGUCGAAAAUGUUUGCUUAAAAGUAGUAGUAUAAGAUGUAUUGCUUGAUCUGGGUGCUCCUUGCUCAACACCUCUCCUUCCUUUCCUCCCUUUACUGUAGACAUAAGAAAAUUAAAUAUUAUGCUUGCUAUCUUAAUCCUUGCAUUUUGGGAUAGCUGUGUAACAGAGUUAUCAGUGAGAUGUCAGCAAAGUUGCUGGGGGAACCCAGGAAGGUUUUUGCUUUCCUUACCUAAAGGGAGAUCAGCUGGUUUUCAUUGCCGUUUGCCCUGCCUCCUUCACCUUGCCUUGACUGCCUGGCUGAAGCACCCAAGCUGACCCUUAUUUUGUCCAAGAAGCAGUGGUGCACCAACAUUCGACCAGGAGAGACUGGAAUGGAUGUAACAAGCCGCUGCACCCUUGGAGACCCCAACAAACUGCCAGAAGGGGUUCCCCAACCUGCCCGUAUGCCCUAUAUCUCAGACAAGCACCCUCGACAAACCUUGGAAGUGAUUAACCUCCUGAGAAAGCACCGGGAGCUCUGCGAUGUGGUGCUAGUUGUGGGCGCUAAGAAGAUAUAUGCCCACCGAGUCAUUUUGUCAGCCUGCAGUCCCUACUUCCGCGCUAUGUUUACAGGAGAAUUGGCAGAGAGCCGGCAGACAGAAGUAGUGAUCCGGGACAUAGAUGAGAGGGCUAUGGAGCUGCUGAUUGACUUUGCAUAUACCUCCCAGAUAACUGUGGAAGAGGGCAAUGUUCAGACCCUACUGCCAGCUGCUUGUCUCCUCCAGCUGGCAGAAAUACAGGAAGCCUGCUGCGAAUUCUUAAAGAGACAAUUAGAUCCCUCUAACUGCCUUGGUAUUCGGGCUUUUGCUGACACACAUUCAUGUCGUGAGUUGCUAAGGAUAGCAGACAAGUUCACUCAACAUAACUUUCAAGAGAUUUUCAUGUCUUCUUGCCAUCUGAUGUUUCCAGUGAUGGAAAGUGAAGAGUUCAUGUUGCUUCCAGCCAAUCAGCUCAUUGAUAUAAUAUCUAGUGAUGAGCUAAACGUUCGCAGUGAAGAACAGGUGUUCAAUGCAGUGAUGGCCUGGGUCAAAUACAGCAUCCAAGAAAGACGUCCUCAGUUACCCCAGGUGCUCCAGCAUGUCCGCCUGCCUUUGCUCAGUCCCAAGUUCCUGGUGGGCACCGUGGGCUCUGAUCCCCUCAUCAAGAGCGAUGAGGAAUGCAGAGACUUGGUAGAUGAGGCUAAAAACUAUCUUCUAUUGCCCCAAGAACGACCACUAAUGCAAGGACCAAGGACAAGACCACGGAAGCCUAUCCGCUGUGGAGAAGUACUUUUUGCAGUUGGUGGUUGGUGCAGUGGAGAUGCCAUUUCCAGUGUAGAACGAUAUGACCCCCAGACCAAUGAGUGGCGGAUGGUAGCUUCAAUGAGCAAAAGGCGAUGUGGUGUUGGGGUCAGUGUCCUUGAUGACCUGUUAUAUGCAGUAGGCGGCCAUGAUGGAUCCUCGUAUCUCAAUAGUGUUGAAAGGUAUGACCCCAAAACAAACCAGUGGAGCAGUGAUGUGGCUCCUACAAGCACCUGCAGGACAAGUGUUGGCGUGGCAGUGCUUGGAGGAUUUCUUUAUGCUGUCGGUGGCCAGGAUGGUGUGUCUUGCCUCAACAUUGUUGAGAGGUAUGAUCCAAAGGAGAACAAAUGGACCCGCGUGGCUUCCAUGAGCACCCGAAGGCUAGGCGUGGCUGUGGCUGUGCUAGGCGGCUUCUUAUAUGCCGUAGGUGGCUCUGACGGGACAUCCCCACUCAACACAGUGGAGCGCUACAGUCCUCAGGAGAACAGAUGGCACACCAUCGCCCCCAUGGGGACCCGCAGGAAACACCUGGGCUGUGCAGUGUAUCAGGACAUGAUCUAUGCUGUGGGAGGCAGAGACGACACCACAGAGCUCAGCAGUGCGGAGAGAUACAACCCCAGAACUAACCAGUGGUCUCCGGUGGUGGCUAUGACAUCCCGCCGUAGCGGAGUUGGCCUAGCGGUGGUGAAUGGACAACUCAUGGCUGUAGGAGGUUUUGAUGGCACAACAUACUUGAAGACUAUUGAAGUUUUUGAUCCUGAUGCCAAUACAUGGAGGUUAUAUGGCGGGAUGAAUUACCGUCGGCUGGGGGGUGGAGUAGGAGUUAUUAAAAUGACGCAUUGUGAGUCCCACAUAUGGUGAACGUCUAGAAGACAGCUGUGUGUAUGCUCUGCUGUAUUCUGGAGCGCUUUGACUUUGUAGCUUUCUAAGCUCGGGAAAACACGAACAAAUUUUAUUCUUUGCCGGUGCCUCAACUAUGGAAACACAAACAAAAAGUACUUCACCUGUAGGAUGCCAUCUUUGCACAAUAAUGUUCAGUUCUGUGCAGAAUAUUUAUUUUUGAUUUUAAUUUAUCAUGGUUGUUUUUUUAGCUUUCCUCCCAACCAAAAUAAAAAAUUCCAAGCACUGAAAUUUUAAGAUACUAAGUUUGAAAAUGUUAAUAAGGGGAAUAGGGCUAUCUAUGAUCUAGCUGUUAUUUCUAGGCACUCCAUCCACGAUUCCACUCCUUACAAGGACUACCAGUGACAAAGAUCAGAAUGCAAAGUGUCUAAGUUAGCUAUCAUUCUUGCACUAAGCACCAGAAGACUUGAAAAUCUUUUUAAAAAGUAUUAAAUCAAUAAAACCAGGACUCAAAGUUUUCAUCAGUGGAACUUUGCAUCUUGUUUCCUUCCGUAUGACCUUGUUUUCUGCUACAUUUCAAGUUUUUUCUACCCACUAUUUUAUAGUGUCUGCUAGAUCUAGAGCCCUACUGUGUGCCUCUACAAAACAGUAUGCGAUUCUCACGUACUGUCUUGAGAAUCAUGUGCAACUCUGCAUGUUUUUACUCUAAAACAUUACCGACUGACUGAAGCAACUUUCCUUUUGAUUUGCAUAUUGCUACCAAGGACCAGCAGGGAGAAAUGUGCUCUCCCCAGCAGUGAAUUGUUGUAAAACUUACAUUUGAUACUCAGGCUGCUGAAGCUGAGGCUUAACUGUAAUCACAGCUGCCAAGGAAUGAAUUUUUCAGUUCACGUGAUAGUACAUGGGAAGGGGUGUAAAACCAGCUGAGGCAUUUUAUUAAUAUCUUGGUUCUUUUAUACAGCUAUAUAUUAUUAUCCUCCUCAUUCUAUAAAGUCACUGCUACUACUCUCACAUUGCACUUUUUGAAGAAAAGUUAAAAAGUUUUAAGGAGAAAAUGCUAAAAAUUUCAGUGGUUGAAAUAUUUUGUCAUUGUGUUCAUAGACCUUCUGCAGGAAGGAAUAACCUUCUCCCCGCAAAAAAAUAUUUGGCAACUUUUGUGUUUACAUUUAAAAAUCAUUUGCACCUUUACAAGGAAAAGUAUUUGGUAAACAAUUGUUUACGUGUAUCAUUUAUGCUUUUUUCUAGCAUGUAUAACUUUUUAAAAUAAAGAGUACUUACCAUAAAAAAAGUUUGGUUAAUGU